AUGCGCAUCGAAGACUGCUCGUUCUGCGGACGACCCUCAUACCCGUCCAAGGGUAUUACUUUUAUACGAAAUGACGCAAAGCAGCCAGAAAAGCCUUAUCCGCCCCCGACCAUCCUCCCACUGACCCUCCCCGCCCCUCUCCCAGGAAAAUCGUUCCGAUUCUGCCGAUCCAAGUGCCACCGCAACUUCAAGAUGAAGCGCAACCCGCGCAAGCUCAAGUGGACCAAGGCGUACCGCCGCAACGCCGGCAAGGAGAUGGUCGUCGACAGCACGCUGCUCUUCAGCCAGCGGCGCAACGAGCCCGUGCGCUACGACCGGGAUCUGGUGGCACGCACGCUCGAGGCGAUGCGGCGCGUCAGCGAGGUGCGGCAGCGCCGCGAGCGCGCCUUCUACAAGCGCCGCAUGGCGGGCAAGCGCGCGCGCACGCUCGCGGCCGCGCACGACCUGGUCAGCAAGAACGCGCACCUGCUGCCGCGGAUGCGCGGCAGCGAGAAGAAGGCGCUGGCGGAGCGCGCGGCGGCCGGCGAGGACGUCGACGUCGAGGCCGAGGAGGAGCGCGCGACGCGCACGAACAAGACCAAGGCGUUCGGCGUGGAGAAGCGCAGGCUGCGCAUGCGCGAGGACGGCGGCGUCGAGGCGGAGGCCAUGGACAUGGACUGA